AUGAAUCAAUAUUCAAACAUUAAAAAUUAUAUGUUGUAAAAUAAACUGAAUUAAAACUCGUCUUUAUAUGACUUAUGGGUGAUGACAGCAAUAUUUGUGAGAGGAUAAUUUGCUUGUUCAUAUGCCAUUGAGAUUUGUUUACUUGUAAUCAGCUCUCUCCAAACUUUGAUAAUGGCUAUUCAUCCGACAUUUACGUAAAUAAAGGAUGUUCAAGUAAACUCAUCUCUAGAUCUGAUAUAUACAUUUUUAAUUAGAACAGACAUUUAUAUUCUCAUCAAUUAACAACUCCAAGAAGAACUAAUAUAUUUAUUUAUUUUAGUCGUAGUACUCAUUAGUAAAAUAGGCUUUGUCUUUUUGAUGUAUAUGAUAAAACAUCAUUUUCACUCUGACAAAUUUGUGUAAUAAAUUUAGCAUCAUAUGCCCUUAUAAAUUUUUGUUAGGAUGUAAAGUUUCUAUUAACAACUACUUUGUCCUAUUUUUAUUACUCCAUUUAAUACAAUCAUUUUAUUGUCAAUCAAAAGAAGUGUAACUUUAAUAAAAUCAGACUAGCCAAUCCAAUAUGUAAAUUUAACAUUCGGAAUAAUAACAUUCAUAUUAUUACAAAUAGAUUAAAUUUUGAUUUGUUCCAUUAAUAGAUAACCAAUAACAUUUAAAAUGAGACCAAUGGAAAGGUUAAAAUUUACCAAAUCCAAUUUAAUUAUAUAUGUUUUUUCAACUAUUUCAAUUAUUUUGUUUACAUUAAUUGAUAAUACCAAAACCAUUAGAAUUAUUCAGUAUAUUUUAGUGUUUGUUAUUUAAAUUAUAGCAAUCAGAAAUUAGUUUACAAGUUCAAUUUACAUUUAUAGAUAUUAAGAAAUCAUACUUUAUUCUGGUUAUCUCUUCUAAUUGCUUUUUUGUGUCCUUAGCUUUGUGGAUAGUUUUAGCCCAUCAACCAAUUACAUAUUCUUAUUAUUAGUGAUUACUCCCUUAAUGUUAGUUUACAUACUAUCAAAUAUCAAUUAUAGGAAGACUUAAGAAUUUCUAUUAUUUUUUUAAUCUACUAAUACACCCAACAUUAAAAUAGUAAUGAAUGUUUUAAUUAAUAUGUUAAAUAAAUGUGAUAUCAAUGAAAAUUAUAUUGUAAUUAGAUCAUCUUUAAUAAAUUAUUUUCAUUCUAAGCAAUGCCAACAAAAAUAAUGUUCUUGUACUACUACUUUUUAUAUUGCAGAACCAAGGUAGGCAAAUGCAAUAACAGGGUAAAUAUUUAGAAGUUUUAUAUUUGAAAAAAUAUCAUUAAUUAAAAAAGUUAUUAACUCUAAAAACUCAGAAUUUUACUUAAAUUAAGAAUUACUUAUUCAAUAUGCUAUAUUUCUAAAUGAUUUUGGAUGGACUAUGUUGGCUGCUAAAGCUUUUAAUUAAAUAUUAAUAAAUGAUACUGUUUAUCCCUCAGCUAAUAAGAAUCUUAAUAAUGAAUUUGAUAAAACAACAAUUUAAAAAUUCACUAAAGAACUUACAAUCAAAUCCACUACUUAGUAGUAUAAGAAGUUUAAAUCAUUAGAUUCUGAGAAGGACAAAUAAAAUGCAAAUGACAUGAAAUUGGGCUUUAAAAUUUGUUUAGGAAUAAUAGAUAGAGCCAGGACAAUCCAACUAUUUAAUUAAACAAAGUGGAAUAUGAAAGCCUCUUUUGGUUCUUCUUUAUAGGCUGCUCAAUAGACCUUUAUUUCUGACUCAAUUAAUUAAUAUUUACAUUAUGAGUUUAUAGUAUCCAAAAUUAAAGAAAUGAUAAUAAACCUCAUAAAUUCAAAAGUAUCCUUUUUUUCUGAACUCAUUAAAGAACAAUAAUAAUUUGAUUUAAACAAAACUCUUAAAAAAACAAAUAAACUUUGUAAUGAUCUACAUUCUACAGAAAGUUAUAUCAAAAAUUAAUUUGAAAAAUAUCCAAGUAUCAGAUUAUAAAAGGCGCUCACGUUUUUUUUGGCUGAAUUAUACAGCAAUUACAUUGAAGCUAAUAAGGUCUACAAUCAAUCAAUUAAUGUAGACCUAAAAUUUAUAUAAAAUAAUCAUUCUGCAUUAAAUUUGACUUAAUAAUAGAGUGCCUAUGUAAUAUUAUCAUUAAAUGAAGAUUUAAAACAUUUGGAAGUCUAAACGAUUUCAAAUCAUAUGCUUAAUUUAAUUGGAAAGCCUAAUUAAUAAAAUACUUGUUUUCGAGAAAUACUACCAUUGUUCUUUUAUUAAUACCAUCCCUUAAUGGUUAACACUUUUUUAUCAACAGGGAAAUCUCGAUAUUAUAGAAACUUUAGUCCUAAUUUUGUAAAUGUACAUGAUUGUUUAGUUAAAGGGAUCUAAUUAUGUUAUGAUACAACUGCAAUUUUUCAUCAUUCCUAAUUGGUUUUUGUAGCAUUCAUUUAAGAAUUAGUUUAUGAAAAAUGUUACAUCAUAGUGGAUGGAUUUGAUAAAAGUUUUGUUAGUUUUUCUUUUAAUUUUCUAUAGAAAAUUGGAUAUGAUGAUAAUUUGAUCGUGAAAAUGGUGAAGCAUAAAUAUUUGAAUGAAAUAUCAAUUUAUAACAUCUUUCCAUAAUUUGAUGAAGCUUUGUUGAGAUAACAACAAGAUAAUAGACUUUUAGUUGAAAAACUAUUCUUUUUUGAUUAUCUGAAGAUCCGAAAAUCAACAGUUGUAGAGAAUAGAGAGAAAAGAAUGUCCAAUUUACAUCCGAAUAUCUGGAAACAAAAAGAGAAGGUAUUAUCUUUCAUAGCUAAACUUAACAUUAUUGAAAGAACCCAUUAAGAUUUUUCUUAUUAUAUAAUAGAAAUUUAAGAUAUAUAAUAAUUAAGUGGGUAAAAUAAUAACUUAAUAGACGAAAUAAAUGAAUAAGAAUCAUUGAUUUCUGAAACUUCCAAUAUAAGUUAUAGUUAAAGUUGUAUCCUCAGUUAAGUUGAUGAGGAUCAUGCAAAUUAAAUCUAUGUACAAGAUCUGAAUAAUUAAGUAUCCAUUUUCUCACCAUUAACAACCUUUUUUAAUAAUAACGGCGAUUAAAGUACUCGCCAGAUAUAAACACAGAUUAAGGACACAAAUCAAAAUUAACCCGCUGAAAAUUUAAUUAAUGAAAGUGAAACCAAAAAGUCCCUUUAUAAAGUCAGAAAAUAAUCAUAGCAGGCAUUUUAUAAUUGCAAAUUAUCUCAUAUUUAUUCUUUCAAGGAUAAAUCAUCUUAGUCAUCUCAAGAAAAAAUUGAUAAUAAAUAAUCUUAAUAAAAAUAAUAAGAUUAACAAUAAUAAUAUGCUUAAUCGUAAUCGUCUGUAGCUAGCAUAAACUAAUCAGUGAAUUAUAAAAAAUAUGAGUUGGUUGGAAAGAUUACCUCUUAAAAACCUCCCUAAAAAGUCAAUUAAUUUAUAGGGUUUUUAUUAAUCUAAAAUUUUGUUUAAAUGAUUUAUUUCAUCAUAAUUUUAUCUUUAAUGCCCUCUGAUUUAGAUAACAGCAUUACUGAAAUAAACAUGAUUGGCCUUCAUUCAGAUGUGAUGGCGCCACACGAUCUUUAUUUUUCAAUGAGAGUUACUUUGUCAUCCUAUUAGUAAGCAUAAAGGGAAGGAUUUAUAAAUCUGACAUAAUUUACUCAAUUGACCGACCCUUAUUAUGACAACAUUUAUCUCGGAUAUCAAGAAUUGAAAAAUAGUCUAUAUAAAUAAUUAACUAACCCAUACUUAUAAUUGUUCUAUAAUGAUUAUAAUAUGAAUAUUAGGUUCAUGAAAGAUAAUGACUCCUCAGUGGUGUCUGAACAAAUGACAUUUAGAGAAGUCUUACUAGUUAUAUUACAAUAUCAAUUUGCAUAUGCUAAGAAGUAUGGGAGGAGAGAAAGUCCAAGUGGAUCUACUUAUCAAGUAUUUCUUUAUGCUAAUUAUUUUGACUUGCAUGAUUUGUUGACCUAAAUUACUGAGGAAAUAUUUGUUUAUUCUAAAGAAAGAUCAGUAAGUGUAAACUAAAAGUGGACAAUCUUUUGGCUUAUUUCUAUUCUAGUUAUAUCCUGUACAAGUUUUAUAUCAUUUUUUUACUACAAUCAAUAUUUGGUCUAAUAUGAUAAAUUUUUAUAUCUUCUGGAUUAUUUUUCUUUAGAUCGUAUGGAAAAUGAAAUUUAAAAAUUGAAAUCAAUAUUAUCUCAGAUUCUUCAUGAUGAAAAAUAUAUAUUUGAUUACUAAUUUAAUUUCGAAAAUUGUUAAAUUAAAAUAAAAAAUUCAGUAACCAAUAAUUAGAUGAAUAAAAAAAGUAAAAAGUUAAAAAAAAUCUUUAAAGUAAGUAGAAUAAGACCAGCAUUAAUUUUAUUUUUAAUAUGCGUGAUCUUUGUGUCUUAUUCAACAUUAGUUGAUCAAUCAAAUUAAAACUUUUUUGAAAAGUAUCAAUCAACAAUAGAUUUCUUUAAAAUGAUUUCUGAUUUAAAACUUCGAUCAGGAAGUAUUGUUAUGUAGAAAGAACUCUUUUAUCGUUGGGUAAAUUUUACUUAUCUGACAGAGUAUGAUAAAUAAAGAUUGUACAUUCUAGUAAAUUAGGCACUUUAAACCAUGAAUUAAUAUGUAUUAUAUGCUAAUUCCUUUAAUUUCGAUAAAUUAAUAGUUUCUGACACCUUUAUUUAGUAUUAUAACAAUGUCGAAACUGAAAAUUUAUGCGAUAUUUUAACAGAUGAUUUCAAAAAUUUUAUGUACAAAUAAUGCAAUCUAGCUUUUGAAGGAACCUUAAAGUAAGGCACUAUUUAGAGCUUAAACUAUAUCACCAACUUAGUAAAAGCAGAAUAGGGUGUCAAUAAUUUCACUAGUAGGCUAUCAUAUAAUCUCUACGAACAAGAAGGUUCCUAAGUUAUAACUAGAAUAUUCAUAUAACUGAAUGAUUAAUUGUCUUAUGGAAUUGAAGAAAUAACAAAAGCUUAGCUUUCAUUUAGUAAGUCUCUUUCAAUAGUGUAUUUUGUGAUAGCAUUUUUUGGAUGUAUAUUAAUUGCAAAGCUAUUAAGAUAAUAUUUGAUUUAUCAAUAUUAUUUAAUCAAAAGAAUAGUCAACAUAACCCCUUUACAAAUUUUGAUUGAAGAUGAGUCCUACGAAAGAUAGCUUAGAUUAUUGCUACAAUAACAAGAAACAGGUUGA